CUCGCAUACAGCACCAUCUACGACGAACCUUCGACCCUCGUCACGAUUCUCACCUGCGGGGAGCAGCUGAAAGCAUUGGGUUAUACAACGCUCGGCUCACUCCCGGGUUAUCCGUAUAUCGGAGGGUCCGCCAAUGUCACCGACGGCGACGCCAGCUCGCCCAAUUGCGGGGAAUGCGCGCUGAUUAAUUUCGCUGGCGCAUUCGCGACAGUCCUGCUUGUGGACCAUGCGGACGAGGGGAUCGUCGUCUCAGAGGAGGUGAUGCAGUGGUUG